GAAGCUGCUUUUUCCAUCGCUGCUGCUGCAACGUGGGGUUUCCCAGCGCCGACUGCAGGGUUACCGCGCCCAUCUCAUCGGUCGAUGGCUGCUUGAGAGUCAUACUACGGACAGGGCAGGUGUUGGGUUUUGCAAAGGUGAGAAUCUAGACUCCCUUGUUGGUGAAGAAUAGUGACUUUUAAAAUUAGCUGGAUUGACUGCCAGUGCACUGUCAUCCACACAAGGCUUGUGGGUGUGAUUUCCCCCACCCCCUCCCCUCUCCGCCUGGUUGUCAAGCUCCCCAGCCGUAGCCUGCGUUCGGGAAGGGCUGCUCCUCAGAAAUCUACGCUAGCUGGCUUAGCUAGUUAGAAAGCUAGCACUGUGCUGUUCGUUGAUGCGUGGAUCGGAGGAAUACGCCGUCUUGGUUUCCAGUCAAUGCCAAAACGCAAAAACAGGCGCAGAUUGAAUCAGAUAAACAAGUGCCCUGAUAGUUGGAGUAAGGUAAUUAAAAAAGCAGGAUAAGAUGAGUGAACUGGACCAGUUACGCCAAGAGGCAGAGCAGCUCAAAAAUCAGAUAAGAGAUGCUAGAAAAGCAUGUGCAGAUGCCACACUAUCACAGAUUACAGCUAAUGUCGAAGCCGUUGGCCGAAUCCAGAUGCGUACAAGACGAACGCUGCGGGGUCAUUUGGCCAAAAUCUAUGCCAUGCACUGGGGGACAGACUCUAGGCUUUUGGUCAGCGCUUCUCAAGAUGGAAAACUCAUUAUUUGGGAUAGCUAUACCACAAACAAGGUGAGUUUUAUUUAAGGAUACAGUAAAAAUGAAAUGUGCAGCAGU